AUGCUUCGGCCAACAAUCUCCGCUGUCAGAAAAAUGGCUACCAACGCUGCCGCUACCGCAAUUCCUUCUACUCAUAAAGCUGUAUUCAUCCGGGAAACCGGUGGGCUAGAAGUCCUCAGAUAUGAGGACUACCCAGUGCCAAAAGUGGGCGAUAACGACAUCUUGGUCAAAAAUAAGUAUGCUGGUGUGAACUUCAUCGAAUCCUAUUUCCGCAAAGGUAUCUAUCCAAGCGAAAAACCUUACGUCUUGGGACGGGAGGCCACGGGAAUUGUCGUGGCCAAGGGACAGAAUGUUACCAAGUUUGAUCUCAAUGACAAAGUUGCGUACAUUUGUGCGGGCACUCUCGCUCAGUACACCAGCGUCAACGAGCACGGUAAAAUUGUAAGAUUGCCAGAAUCUACGAGUGAGGAGAAACUUAAGCUGUACGCCGCGUCACUGAUCCAAGUAAUGACGGCAGUGACGUUCGUCAGGGAAGCGUAUACCAUCCAAAAGGGAGAUUUCGCGCUGCUUUAUGCCGCUGCCGGUGGAGCUGGGCUGGCGUUCAACCAAGUUUUGAAAAGCGCUGGUGCCCGUGUCAUUGCCGUUGCUUCAACAGGUGCGAAGCUACAACUUGCGCAGGAAUACGGCGCUGAAUUUUUGAUUAACAGUUCUACCGACGACAUUCUCGCUAAAGUGCUGGAGUACACCAAUGGCGAGGGUGUCAGUGUUGCGUACGACUCGGUUGGCAAAGACACCUUUGAUACUACGCUUGCAGCGGUAAAGCGGAAGGGCACUAUAGUCAGUUUUGGAAACGCAUCGGGUUCAGUGGAUCCCUUGCAUAUUGGCCGGCUGACGCCCAAGAACGUGAAGUUGCUGCGGCCAUCACUAUUGGGGUAUCUAGGCUCGGAAGAAGAAUGGGAUUUUUACUCCCGCCAGCUGAUCGAGCUCGUGGAUGGCGGGAAGGUCAAAGUGCUAAUUUCCAAGGUUUAUCCACUCAGCGAAUACAAACAGGCGACCACCGCCCUAGAAGCCAGGAAGACUGUGGGCAAACUGCUUAUUGAGAUAUGA